CCCAUCGUCCCUCUCAGAGCGGCCUGGUCCGGUUGCCAUGGAGACAGCCGCCGUGCUGCGCGUGAAGAGAAAGCGCGGAGGGUCUUUGCCGGCCGAAGCGCUGGUCCUUGCCAGCAAGCGCUUCCGCAGUGAGGCUGGGGCUGCUGCCGAGGCCGCCUCCUCGCCCGGAGAGGGCGAGGUGGAGAAGACUCUCUUCAAGUUGGUAGCCACUGUAAGCUCGGAGGCCGAACCUGUUGACAAAUAUGUACAAGAAGCUUUUACCCAUCAGAAAGGAGGCCAGAUCCUGCGACCUGCUCUAGGGAGUGCUCAAAGAAUAAUUCAGGAUCUUCGUUCUUCAAAGCACGCCAAAAGGCAGGAAAGCCGCUACCGCCUGAUCACUAGCCUCCGUCCAAAUAUCAGCAAUGGAGCAAAUGAGAAAGAAUCUGAUGAAAAGAAACAGUCUUCCGUGUCUGAGAAAGACAAAAAUGACAGCACGUCUGGCUGCUAUAGAGACUUUCAGUUCUUUGAUAUUAUACAGGAGGAGCAGGUGGAAAAUGAUACAUCUGCUUCCCAUUUACAG